CUGCGACAUACACAAAUGAUACCCACCGACUUUGUAGAUAUGACGACCGAAUCAUCCAAAAAACCUUUGAUGGCGCUCGGCAAAAUCCCUUCGGUUGAUGUUAUCAGGGAACUUCUCGGCCUCAAUGCCGCCCCUGUCACAGUGAAGAAUGCCUUCCGGGACAUAACAGUAGAGUGGCGGAAAAACAGCAGAACGAGCAACAGUGGACCAGCGACCGGCCUGGUUGACUGGCACUCGCCUGCCGUGCAAAAAGACCUCCAUACAUUGGCAGAGAAGUUUCUCGCAGAGAAAAAUAAUGCGGAACGAUUCUGGUCGGCAAGUCGCCCCUGGAAAUAUGACUCCAAGCUGCAAUAUCCAGACGACAAAGAGAGAAUCAUAGAACUUCUUGUUCAAUUAUUUUUCAAGCAGAACAGAUACUUCAAGAACAAUGCAACGUAUGGCCAAUGGAAUCACAAGGACUCAGAGUCUGAGUCUCCAAGGGAAGGGAGUACGCCACAGCGUAUGGCAAGCAUCGAUGCACCUUCUGAUAAAGAGACAAAGAAGUCAUCACGAAAACGCCCGAGGUCAGAAACGGCCGAGAAUACACUCUCACCAACUUCAAACUUUGUAGAUCUCUCAGGAUCGUUCGGCAGCAGCCCACCUCUUCCUUGUGACCGCCCUCUGCCGACAACCAAGGACAUAUAUGACAUGCCGGAUGAACAAGAACCGGUGGUUAGGCAACCAUCUUCGAGCCACACCUCCUCUUUCCAUUCGAAGCAGAGUCAAUCCGAACAAAUGUGGGAUACCAACCCAUCCAAGAGAAGAGCAAAAUACAGCCUUCGGGCUCGAACAAGCUCACGAUUCCACGACACCAUUUCUGAUGCCGAAUUUGAGCAGCUGAUGAAAGAGAUGGAGAACGAAGACAGUUCUUCGGAUGAAGACUACACACAAAGUCCCCAAAUUGCUCCGGUGGCGCCAAUGAUGAACCAUAUGGAUCUCGGAUCCUCUGGUCAUCAGCCCCCGAGACAAGCCGGAUCUUCUGACACAUCUCAAAUACACCGAGAGACCAUAGCCAUGCCCAAACGCAAGCCAAACUCAGGAUCAGGGUCCUCUCAAAUGCCGCCACCUCCCCGUGCUUCUAAAAAGACGCCUUCCCCUCAGCACAAGCCCCCGAAAUCACACAAAAUCAUUAUAAAGACCACGAAGAAAAGCUUUACACCUUCGGGCACAUCAGCGGGUGCACAUACAACACCUGUCACUACGGCUGGGUACAUACCACCAACUGUAGAGGACGAUAUUGCUGAGCCCAAGGCACCAUCCGUAUCGCCAUCCUCACAACCAUCUGCCAAGUCAGGCAACUUGCCCAGGGGUUUGCAGCAAAAGGAUCUCCGUAAUGGAGCAGCACACGCUUCGAGGAUUCCUAUACAAUCUGCUUCUCAGCCAACACCAAGACCAAGCCCAUUGCAACAGAAUGCACCAGUCAGCUCUGCUAGCGCUGCAGACAAGACAUCAAGCAAAUCUCCACAACCAUUCGCCCCUAGGCAAUCUAAGGUACAGAACAACGCACCUGCCACGAAGCCCGGAACAGCCCCAGCAGCAACCACUUAUGAAGAGUCAGAGCCGAAAACCAAAGCCAACGUUUCUUCUUCCGAGAAUCGCUCACAACAGCGUCCAAAACCUCAGAUGAACUUCUUCAUCGUCACACACGAGCCUCGCGACACCACGGUGUUUUGGCCCGAAGGGAUGAUUCAAGGGACGUCACUCUCCGAAUUCAUUGCCGGUGUAGCCAAGGCAACACAGAGAGACUGCAUUGAGAAGCUCGACUUGACGCUCAAGACCUCGACAUCGGACACCAAAGUGCCUGUAGCUAGAGACGACGAGGGCUCCUGGCUUAUUGCCAAGAAGUUGUUCACGGAGAGGCUGAAAGCGGCGAGAACGAAAUCCAAGUCGAAAGGUUUGAAUGACGAUGUUAAUCCGGAGAUCUAUGUCGAGCCAUUCUAUACUCAGGCUGCGGAUGUAGAGGAUGUAGAGGAGGAUGCUGCAGACGAGGACGAAGAAAUAAGCUUUUUUUAGCGGUUGUCUCAGUUGUGUCGAGCAGCCAAUGGGAGUGCCAAGUGGGUUGUGCUCUACCUCAGCUAUGAUUUAUGAGUGUGCUGGCAGGGUAAUUUUUGUUAUUUCGUUUCGUUGCAGCUGGGAAGCACUUAAAAAUAGUCUGAAUUUGAUCAUGGCCGGUUAGCAGGCAUUCACAAACAAUUGUUCUAUAUCCAUUUAUUUUGGAAGGUCGGUAUCUUGGUGACCAUGAACUACACACGAGCACCUUUGAACUUGAAUCGGAG